AUGCCACAAUCCUGUAAAUACUUCCAGAUAGAUUAUCACAAUGUAAAGGUGAGGUUUACAGAGAAAGACAAGGAAUAUGUGUACUCCUCAUACAGCAAUGUAAAGGUGAGGUUUACAGAGAAAGACAAGGAAUAUGUGUACUCCUCAUACAGCAAUGUAAAGCUGAUGCUGACCAUUGUCACACAGGGUUACUCAGCCUCUGUACCCGAUGACCCCCAUCCCUGUCCCGUAAAGGCUCCGUGCAGCUGUGACUUCAAUAAAGUGGAAUGUAACAAUCUUACUCAAACAGAAUUUCCGACCUUCACCAAGGUCAACGCCACUUGGCACUGCUGGACACUCGUCAUGAAUUAUAAUAACAACAUCAAAAGGAUCCCGGCUGGAGCUUUCGAUAAUCUCCCUUUCUGUUCCCUUCAAAUCGGUCACAAUGGCUUCGAAAUAAUGGAAGAUGGGGCACUGACUGGAUCAGAACCAUAUCUGGAUUCCGUUUUCAUGCAGUUCAAUAAAUUUAAGGAACUUCCGAACGAGAUUGCGCGAAUGCCAAACAUCACAAUGAUGAGUAUCCAUGACAACCCCAUAACGACACUUCCGCGGGAAAUGGCGUUUGCCUCAACUCUUCAAUUUCUAGAUAUUGGUUCACCGGAAAUGACGACAUGGCCGGAUUCCAUUCAAACUCUGAAAACGGUUUGGAGUUUGUCCAUUUAUAAACUUCCUAUGUCCGAUCUGCCUAUAGAUGCGUUUGUAGGAUUAGAGGACUCAAUUGGAUUUGUGACAUUUUCAGCUACAAAAUUUAAGGGUAUUCCGAAAGCAAUGAGGCGUCUGCGUAAAAUGACGGACCUGUUGAUCGAGGAUAAUGUUGAGUUAACAUCUGACGGCAUACCUGAUGACGCGUUCAGUGGUAUGGUGUCGCUCAGGGACAUCGCUAUCACUAAUAGCAGUUUAACGAGGGUACCGAAUCUGGCCACCAUCCCAGCACUUACCCACCUAGAAUUGAGCAAUUCACCACUGUCACAAUGGGACUUGGCAACAUUGCCCGAUCAACCAAUCAUCCAGUCAGUAGAUUUUAGUUACACGAACAUAGACAGUAUUCCGGUCGCUGUACGCCACACCAGAAGUUUAUUUGAAUUAUCACUAGACAACACUAAAGUGUCCAACAUUGGACCAAACGACUUGACAGGGCUCCAAAAAUUACAGCAACUUAGUCUGGAUCAUGCGCCUUUAACCGACAUUUCCAUGGACGCUUUUAACGACACACACCUCCUACAAGGUCUAAAUCUAGAUUCCACAAAACUACCAGGGUUCCCUAGGGCUAUAGAACGACUUCCGGCUCUGAGGUUUGUGAGUUUACAAAACAUUAGUAUUGAAUGUUCCUGCGCAGAACUUGGAUGGAUGAAGACUUGGAUAGGUUUUAAGCAGUUUCUGGGUGGUGAUGGGAAGUGUCAUAACAUACACAUGGACUUUAUUGAAUACAUUCGUAACGAGAUACCAAAGUGUCCUUAA